GCGGCCGCGUCUGGGGCGGGACCGGCUCAGUCGCCCAAGCUUAAGCGCUGGCUGGAGCGGGACAGGACUAGAGGUGCCAAGCCCGGGACUGCGGAACGGGCAUAUCCCCUGCUGCACUCGAGGGGUUCGUGAAGCUGCCGUGUGCCGGCGGGGGCUUUGACCGGUGUCUGGGUCCCAGCGGGCGGGGGAGCUGCUGCCCGAGGGGCGCUGAUGGGGGUGCCCUGUGCCGGCUGCCGCUGCCCGCUGCGGAGCCGCUGGGCUCGGCUGGGAUGGCUGGCGAGCUUCCCCAUCGCAGCCUCGGGCCGUGGGACCGCGGGCCCGGGUGCGGGCUGCGGCGCGGGGGGCCGCCGGGCUCUCCACGCAGGGCGCUCCGGCCGCCAGCAGGUGGCGCUGACCAGCGAGCGGUACGGCCUGCGGCGCCUGCCCUUCGCCCGGCUGGCCGGCGGCGACCUCGCCUUCUUUGAGCGCCUCCUGCCCGGCAGAGUCGUCACAGACCCCGCGGAGCUGGAGCUGUUUAACGUGGACUGGCUGAAAUCAGUGCGAGGCUGUAGCAAGCUUAUGCUGAAGCCACAGACAACAGCAGAGGUGUCUCAGGUUCUCAGGUACUGCUAUGAGAGGAACCUGGCAGUGAACCCCCAGGGAGGUAACACAGGCCUCGUUGGGGGCAGUGUCCCUGUCUUUGAUGAGAUCAUUCUCUCCACUGCUCUCAUGAACCAGAUCAUCAGCUUUGACAAAGUGUCUGGCAUCCUUGUCUGCCAAGCUGGCUGCAUCUUAGAGAAACUCAACGAGUACUUGGAGCAGCAGGGGUUUAUUGUGCCACUGGACCUGGGGGCAAAAGGCAGCUGCCACAUCGGUGGCAAUGUGGCCACCAACGCUGGAGGCUUGCGGCUCUUGAGAUAUGGCUCUCUCCGGGGGACAGUGCUGGGGCUGGAAGUGGUGCUGGCUGAUGGCUCAGCUCUGGACUGCUUGGCGUCACUGCGCAAGGAUAACACCGGCUAUGACUUGAAGCAGCUUUUCAUCGGCUCCGAGGGGACCUUGGGAGUUAUCACUGCUGUCUCCAUUCUGUGUCCUCAGAAGCCUAAAGCUGUGAACCUAGCAUUCCUAGGGUGUCAGAGUUUUGCUAAGGUUCUGGAAACAUUUACAACCUGUAGAGCUAUGCUGGGAGAAAUUUUGUCUGCCUUUGAGUUCAUGGAUGAGAAGUGCAUGGAAUUGGUUGAGAAACAUCUCAAGCUGUCCAACCCAGUGACAGGCAGUCCUUUUUAUGUUUUAAUUGAAACCUCAGGCUCCAACUCUACCCAUGAUGAAGAGAAAUUGAACAACUUCCUAGAAAAGAGCAUGACCUCUGGUUUGGUCACUGAUGGAACUGUGGCAACGGAUGAUAAGAAAAUAAAGAUGCUGUGGAGUCUGCGGGAGAGGAUCACAGAAGCCCUCACUCAUGAUGGCUACGUCUACAAAUAUGACCUCUCCCUCCCUGUGGCGAAGCUGUAUGAGCUUGUGACUGACAUGAGGGCUCGACUGGGACAGAGUGCCAAAAACGUGGUGGGCUAUGGCCAUUUGGGAGAUGGAAACUUGCACUUGAACAUCACAGCUGAGUCCUACAGCCAUUCCCUGCUGGAUGCCAUUGAGCCCUUCGUGUACGAGUGGACGGCGAGACACAGCGGCAGCAUCAGCGCAGAACAUGGGCUGGGCUUCAAGAAAAAGCAGUUCAUUCAGUACAGCAAACCCAAUGAAGCAAUCCUCCUAAUGCAGCGUUUCAAAGCCAUGUUGGACCCCAAAGGCAUCCUCAACCCCUACAAGAUGCUGCCCUCCAGUCGCUGAGAGCAGCAGUUGCUGAGCAGCCAGCAGAUACCAUCUCCGGGUACCAGCACAUGAGGAUGACCUCUCCAGGUCCAUUAGCUUCCUCUUAGCCAGAGACAGACUGAUCAAGCAAGCACAUGGGAUGCUCUCUGUUUUACUGUCUUUAGUGUAAUGAGACAGGGAAUGUGGUUCCCCUUUUUAGGGGUGCCUGCUCUUUCUGAAGAACAACACAUUGCUGAUUU